AUGCCUGACACGUUAUCGCUGUUAAAGAACUGGACAGAGCCACGGCUUGGGCAGCUGGAGCGCAGCCUGGCCCUGGAGGGGACCGCCCGUCCCGCCUGGGUCAUCUCCAUCUUGGCCUGCGUGUUGAUCUUCACCACGGUGGUGGAUGUGCUGGGGAACCUGCUGGUCAUCAUCUCUGUGUUCAGGAACCGCAAACUGAGAAACGCAGGUAAUGUGUUUGUUGUGAGUCUGGCAUUUGCUGACCUUGUGGUAGCCUUCUAUCCGUAUCCUUUGGUACUCUACGCUCUCUUCCAUGACGGUUGGGCUCUUGGAAACACACAAUGCAUGGUCAGUGGCUUUCUGAUGGGGCUGAGCGUUAUUGGGUCCAUCUUCAACAUCACUGGGAUUGCUGUGAACAGAUACUGCUAUAUCUGUCACUCGUUUUCUUACAGCCGGCUGUACAGUUAUCGCAACACUUUAUUGUUUGUUGCUUUAAUUUGGGUGCUUACUAUUGUGGCCAUUGUCCCAAAUUUCUUUGUUGGUUCUUUACGCUACGACCCAAGGGUCUACUCCUGCACCUUCGCCCAGAACGUCAGCAGUUCCUACACAGUGGCAGUAGUGGUUGUUCACUUUCUGGUACCAAUUGCGGUGGUUACAUUUUGUUAUCUCCGCAUUUGGGUUCUUGUUAUUCAGGUGCGUCGUAAGGUAAAGAAUGAAGACAGCCCUCGCAUCAGACCAAGUGAUAUGCGAAAUUUCAUCACAAUGUUUGUAGUAUUUGUGCUGUUCGCCAUAUGCUGGGCCCCGCUGAACCUUAUAGGUUUGGCUGUGGCUAUAGAUCCUACUCACGUGGCUCCUCGCAUCCCUGAGUGGCUUUUUGUUGUGAGCUACUUCAUGGCCUACUUUAACAGCUGUCUGAAUGCCAUCAUAUAUGGUUUACUCAACAGGAACUUCAGGAAUGAAUACAAACUCAUUGUCACCUCAGUCUGGGUGACGCGGCUUUUUGUGACUGAGACGUCGCGAGCUGCUACAGACGGUAGGAGCAUGAGGAGCAAGCAGUCACCACCUCCUCCUCACAACAACAAUGAGUCAAUUAGAGAUAGAGUAAAUCAGGAAUGA